AUGCUGCAAAAAGUAGGAUAUUUGUUUACAGGCUUAUUGCUAAUCGUAAACGCUGCAUCAGACGACCCAAGCUUCGACGACGCAAGCGUAUGCCAAAACGUGUCUGUACCUGUUGGUUUCAAAGACAUCCCAUCGUCAGAGCAGGACACCUGGAGUUUCGUCGCUGCACCCGGAGACUUCAUGCACGUGCUGUACAGAAAUUAUCACAGUGACCGUCAAAACCAGGGAACAAAUAAGUGUACCAUGGUACAGAAAGUGCCCUAUAAUGAUACAGGGGAGACAAAAUUUGCUAACUACACAAAGUGGUACAAUGGAACCACAUGUGAAAGGCGCGCAAUGCGGUCGUUCUACAAAGUGGUAAACUUGUAUGGAAGUGAAGGUACAACAAAUAACGUGUUGGUUGCACGGCAUAAAAUUGGUGAAAACCUCACAAAUGAAUCUUGCUACCCUUUUGCGUACACCGAUGCAAAUUGCGCCGUCGUGUUGAUGAAUCAUUGGAACGAAGCUGCCAAACUACAGUGCAAAAAGAAUCCCUCAGCUCACAAGCACGAAGGCGGUGAGAACACUCUCGAAGCGGGUGAAAACAUGCCCUGCCAACAAGCUUGCGAAAUGUGGGUGAGGCAUGAAAAUCUAAACGAAACUUAUCUAAACGAGAACUGCACCAAAUAUUACGAAAAGUUUUGCGGUGACCGCAAAUUUUUUCUCUACGAGAAGCCAAUUUGUGAUGGAGUCGAAAAACUUCCAAUUAACAUUACCGAACCUAUAUCUGAAGAUCAAUAA